UUUCAUUUGUUCUUCAUAACUUUUUAUAUAUCACGUUUUUAGUUGGCUUUUUGAGAAAUAACGUUACUUUUGAUGAUGCAGCUAAGCUAAUGGAAGCUACUUAUGAAAACAAGUUUUCUCACCCGUGAGCAGAGUGUGAGGAUGUCUGAGCUCAGUGAUGAGGCCAGUGAGUCGGAGCAGCUGGGAGCCAGUCUCUCUCUGUGGCUGGGGGAGUCCAUGGUGCGGCCUGAGGAGCUGGAUGUCCCGUUAGACCUCCACACUGCUUGCUCAAUUGGACAGUACGACGUGGUAGCAGAGUGUAUCAAAAAAGGUGAAGUGGAUUUGGACAGAAAAAAUGUUGGAGGGUGGACCCCAUUAAUGUACGCUGCUUACAUUGGCCAUGACAACAUUGCCAACUUGCUGCUGGAGGCAGGAGUAAAUGUGAAUGCUACAACAGCAAAAGGAAUUAGUCCCCUGAUGUUGGCAGCAAGCUGUGGAAAUGAGAGUAUUGCAUACUUUCUGCUUCAGCAAGGUGCAGAGUUGGAAAUGAAAGACUUUCGAGGCUGGACUGCUUUGUUUCACUGUACAAGUACAGGACACCAACAGAUGGUGAAGUUUCUGCUAGAUAACAAUGCUGAUGCCAAUGUCAAGGAGCCAGUUUCUGGGUUUACUCCUUUGAUGGAGGCUGCUGCUUCUGGACAUGAAAUUAUAGUUCAGUACUUGUUAGAUCAUAAAGUUAAAGUUGACCAUCGGAAUGCUAAAGGAGAAACUGCUCGCGUCUUGGGUAUGAUGUAUGGCUACACCAAGAUUGUUAGCCUUAUUGAUUCCCGUUCCAAUAGGAUUAAGCCAGGGCACUUUGAGGACCUGAGUUCAUCUGAAGACUCUGAUACUGCACCACCAAGACCGAGGCUGGGCAGAACUCGCAGCAAAGGUGUCAGCAUCCAUGAUGGGCCGCAAGCCAUCGCCAAAUUCAGAGUUGGAACCCAUAAACCUUGUGAAAACUCAGAGGCACCGCCAAGCUACAUGGAGUUUCGUAAUAUUAGAGAACAAAGCGAGAGCAUUCGUUACCGUGACGUGACCUCCCCUAUUAAUGAGUUGGAUGGUCAGAGUAACAGUAGUAGAGAUGAAAGUCCUUUCUUUGACAAUGACAUGCCCACCAUGAGAAGCAGCAGCAGCAGUGAGGGCCUGCCUCAUGUCAUGGGCCUGAAGUGGGAAGGCUCUGUCGAGAGCAACGAGGACUCUGACCAGUGCAAAAAGAGUAGCUCUCGUCGAGUAAAUAAAAGCAAUCACUCUAAAGGCAAGAGUCGCCAUGGAGGCAAUAAUUCAGCUCAAAGCAGCGGGAACCACUCACACUGUGGUGCUACCGCAUCCUACUCUGGGCCCAAGGACUUGGCAGAAUUUCUGGAGCAAAUUGGCUUCUCCAAAUAUCUUCCAUUACUUGAGGAGCAGGAUAUUGACCUGAGAAUAUUUCUCACCCUUACUGAGAAUGAUCUAAAAGAAAUUGGCAUCACAUUAUUUGGUCCCAAAAGAAAGAUGACCUCAGCGAUUGCCAGAUGGCAUAGUAGUGCACGACCACCCAGUGAUGCACUAGAACAAGCCUAUGCUGACCAGCUUGAGGCGGAGAUGCAGGAAAUGGCCAUUCAGUUACACAAACGUUGUGAGGAAGUAGAGGGCCUAAAAAGCCAAGUGUCUCAGGAAAAAGAGCUACGCACAGUGAUGGAGGGAUGCCUAAUGGAGGAUAAAAUGGCUUGGAGAAGGGUGCACACUGAGCUAGUGGAGAACCACAGACUGGCCCAGGAUAUGAAUGCUACUCUGGCAAAGACCAGAGCCUGCUGCACUGAGCUGCUUUCUUUUACUACUGGUGGCAAUGAGACCGAUGAUACCAAGGCAAAAGAUCAAAUUGGGACAUCUGCUAUAGAAUUAAUAAAAAAGCUUGAAUCAUAUGAAGAAUUACUGGCUGGAAACCUGCAAACUGUCCUUCAGAGCCUACGGCGACUGAGUGCUCCAGAAAAAGUAUCUGACAGUUGGGAAAGGCCGUGAUGUCUUUAAAGGUUCCCUGUUUGUUUUGACGAAGGGUGAAGUGUACCACCCUAAAAAGCAUCUCAACUUGGGACAGUUCAAACCAGGCUCAUCCAGGUCAGCCAAAGCGGACAGAGCUCUCCCUGAUGACGAGGCGGGCGACAGGAGCAGCUCCAGGAGAAUGACAAGCAAGCAGGAGGGAUAACAGACCCCAGGCUUGUGCUUCCAGAUGAAGGUGGCUGUGGAUGUACUGAAAUCUGAAAGCAGAGAUACUGGUCUCUAUUUAAAGUACUAUACUGUGAAGUGCUCCUAAAAUACUGUAUAGUUGGACAAUGUGAAAUGUCACCUCAAGUGCAUUGUAGAUGGAUAAUCAAAUUAGGCCUGUUAAUUUAUACAGGCCACUAACCUCUUACAAUGCUAAUGGCUUAUACCCAUUGUGGAAGUGUAUUCCUUUGAAAUUUUAUGACAAUCAAAAUAAAUGUGAUUGCAUAAGAGGGUUAAUUUUGAUUAGCUGAAAUUAAAAGUUGUAUG